AUGGCUUGUGGCGGUUAUUCGGAAGAUCGUUUCCAAACAUCAGUAGAUAAGAAUUUCUUCUGUCCAAUCUGUACGGAUGUAUUGAAAGACCCAGUACAAUGCUACAACCAACACCUUUUCUGUAGAGCCUGUAUAACAGAGCAUCUUAAGAAUUCCCAGACGUGCCCCGUUUGUAUGGAAAAACUCACGGAAGAAGCGUUAUCCAAGCCACCAAGAAUUGUGACAAACAUUCUCGAUGGUUUGAUGAUCAAUUGCGAGCACAAGGAACGAGGAUGUGUUGAAUUGGUCGAGCUUGGCCUUCUUGAAACUCACAUUUCCGUGUGCGAGUAUAAACCUGUGACGUGCCCUAACGAAAGAUGCGAGGCUGUUGUAAACAUGGUUACUGGAGGCACAACUAGCAGUAUAGAAUACGUCCGAAUCCAUGACAAAGCCAUUAGUGGAAGAGCACAACAGCGAAUAAAUAGAGCGAAUCAAUAUGAAUUUAUUUAUUCACUUGUACGGCAACUGCCUUUUGAAUGUUAUGGUCACAAAACAACAAUCCUAAAUGAUCAUCUGUGGCUUGUUGGAGGCUAUAACCUUAAUAAUCAAGGACAAUCCUCAAACACCAUUUACAUGACGCCCAUUCGCUCCACCGGUACCUUUGUGGUCAAGCGUCGAAUGCCAAAACCACUUUCAUUCCACGGUUUGGAAAUAGUUACCCCUGUAUUAAUGGCGAUGAAGUUUUAA